AUGGCUUCCUCUGUUGAGAUUUCUAAAUUUAUUGGGCAUUCCCGGUCUAUCAGCCUGCCUUCCAGGAGCCACCCUCUCACUACAUCAGUCAAAGAUCAGUUGGAGAGGCUGAGAUCAUCAGAAGCAACAUCCUCAUCUGUGUGCAAAAGUUUAGGGGGCCUCAAAGACUUGUACGAAAGCAUCAAUGAUUUGCUUCAGUUGCCCCUUGCUCAACAGGCCUUCUCCCAUGAUUAUCACAGCAAAUGCAUCGAGCCAUUGUUGGAUGGAUCGAUUAGGCUGUUGGAUUUUUGCGGAACUAUCAGAGAAGUGUUCUCACAAAUGAAGGAAUGUGUUCAGGAGCUAGAGUCCUCACUUAGGAGAAAGAGAGGAGUUGAUUGUGGCCCAGCAAGUGAAGUGGAGUCAUACAUCAAAUCAAAGAAGAGACUGCAGAAAGUCAUCUCCAAGAUUUCAGAGAAUUUGAAGAGAGUGGAGAAGAAAAAGAAAAACUCCAACGAAGAAACUGCUCCAAGCAUGAUAGAAGAAGCUGAAGAUAUCAGCCUCUCGGUGUUUGAGUCUUUAUUAUGUCUCUUAUCUGGGCCAAAGGAAAAAUCAAAGAUCAAUGGUUGGUCUUUGGUUUCUAAGCUUGUCUCAUCCAAACGCAUUUCCUGCGAAGAGAAUGUAAAUAACAACAAUAUCGAAGGCUUGUAUGUUGACCUCUCUGUUCUGAAGUCUGUUGAAGACAUGACCCCUCGAGUACUAAAGCAACUGGAGGCAUCCGAGUCAACAAUUCAGGACAUCGAGGAGGAUUUGGAAUGCCUAUAUAGGCAUUUAGUGAAGACAAGAGCUUCUCUUCUCAAUAAUCUCAAUCAUUAG